AUGGGCCGCCCCGCGGGCGUGGUCGGGCGCACGCAGCUCAAGCAGGAUGAUCUGGUGCGGAUCCAGACCCUCUCACGCGACGCGCGCAUGGGCCCCUCCGAGAUCCGCCGCGUCACGGGCUACUCCAUCCACCAGAUCAAGUACGCCCUUAAGAAGAAGACCCCGACGAUUGGCAAGCGGUCGGGUAGGCCGCGCAAGUCGGGGGAUGGGGGAGGCGCGAGGGCCAAGGUGGAUGGAUCGGUGACGGCGGCGGCGGCGUUGGAGGGGGUUGAUGGUGAGAGUGAGGUCUUUGAGGGCGGUGUGGAUCCGGAGGGGAGGAGUGGUGCAGAGGUGGACGGGGGGGCCGGGGAGGGUGUGGGCUUGGGGGUCGCAACAGGAGGGCUAGUCCGGGAGUUCAUUGGGCAGGCUGUACCAGAGCUAUCGGUUAACCAACUCAUGCCUGAAUACCAAGAACCACAGCAACGGCAACGGCAACAGCAACAGCAACAGCAACAGCAACAGCAACAGCAACAGCAACAGCAACAGCAACAAGAGCAACAACCACCCGCCGAACAAGGUGGUCCCGAAGAACACCCAGCAUAA